AAGAAUACACCAAAUUGCUGCUCCUCGAGCUCGAGGAUGAAAGGGAGAGGUGUCAUUUUUGCGUCACAGCUGGCGCAUGCAAUGACCAACCUGUCGGGAAUAACCGCAGCUUCACUGUGACUCCCAGUGCUGCUUUGGUUUUUACCCCGGAGCGACUGCAUCUUUCCUAAACCUCUGCAAACUGGAAAAGCAGCUGCUGAGGUUCCUGUAUCAAGACGGCAAAGGAGAAGAUUGUCGAAGCUCCACAUCUUAAGGAACAUCUGAAAAGGAGUAAUGAAAUGAGCACAUCACAGAUAGAAACAACUGGGCCACACAACUAUCUCACUCACCCGUGAGCAGACAUGCUCCCACUGCAUCACUCUUCGAGGGGCAUCCCUCCCCAGUUGCAGGACUGUUUCCUGACAUAGAUUUGGAAAAUGGCUCUACCUUGUGACAGAAAUGGCAAUAGGUUGUGUGGGCUAUAACACAUUAGAGUACAGGUGAGGCUGUUGCCAAUGCCCACAGGACCCUAAAGAGGACUCCGAUGACCUUUACAAAAGGACAUAAAUACGCCCCAGCUUUGAGUUAGUAUCCAUCUUACUGCCUUGCUGACAAGGUUGACUAUGGCUGCUGUUGAUCCGCAUAGCAACGGUUCCAUGAUGGGGCGAGGAGCGGACUGAGGGAGUUGACAAUGCAGCGAAACGGUGGUGGGGUGGGCGCCGGAGGCCAGCCAUGGGUGUUGCGCCGUGUGCGUCUUACGUGGCUCAGUUUCAUGCUCUUCUUUAUCCUGGUCUUCUUCCCACUCAUCGCCCACUACUACCUCACGACCAUUGAUGAAGCUGGAGGUCCCGAUAAGCGUAUCUUUGGGCCUCGGCCUGGCGGUGAACUGUGCGAAGCCAAACAUGUGCAGGAUCUUUGCCGCAUUCGUGAGUCGGUCAGCGAGGAGCUGCUGCAGCUGGAGGCCAAGAGGCAGGAGCUCAACGGGGAGAUCGCUCGACUCAACUUGCGCAUUGAGGCCUGCAAGCGCAGCAUUGACAGUGCCAAGCAGGAUCUGCUGCAAUUGAAGAAUGUUAUCAGCCAGACAGAGCAUUCCUAUAAAGAGCUAAUGGCCCAGAACCAGCCCAAGCUGUCGCUGCCUGUAAGGUUGCUGCCAGACAAGGAAGACCCAGGGCUUCCACCACCCAAGUCUGCACGCUCCUGCCGUCUGCGGUCCUGCUUCGACUACGGGCGCUGCCCUCUUACGUCUGGGUUUCCUGUUUAUGUCUACGACACAGGCUCUUAUUCAUGGGGGGACUAUCUUGACCCACUGGUGAAGCAGGCCUUUGCUGCAUCAGUUAAGAGCAACAUUUAUAUAACUGAUAACCCCAGCAUUGCCUGUAUCUAUAUGGUCCUUGUUGGAGAGCUACAAGAGUCGUCCUCCCCUCCACCAUCUCCUUCAGAGCUGGAGAAGCAAUUAAAAGCUCUUCCCUACUGGAGAUCAGAUGGACACAACCAUGUGCUAGUGCAUCUCUCUAGAAAAUCCAUGACUCAGAACUUCCUGUAUAAUGUGAGCGCAGGACGAGCAGCAGUAGCUCAGUCCACCUUUUUGGAGCAGCAGUACCGUGAGGGCUUUGACUUGGUUGUAUCCCCACUUGUUCAUGCCCUCUCAGAACCAAACUUUUUGGAAGUGCCCCCUCAAGUACCAGUCAAGAGGAAAUACCUCUUCACAUUCCAAGGAGAGAGGGUGGAGUCACUGAGGAGCAGUUUACAGGAGGUACCCCCUCAGUCAUUCGAGGAGGAGAUGGAAGGAGACCCACCAGCCGACUACGAUGAUCGCAUUAUUGGCACCUUAAAGGCAGUGCAGGACAGCCACUUGGAUCAGGUGCUGGUGGAGUUCACCUGUAAGGACCCUCGGCCAAGUUUGCCAACUGAGUGGUCUCUUUGUGGACAGAGGGAGGACAGGCUGGAGGUGCUCAAGGCUUCGACUUUUGCCCUGGUGAUUGCUCCAGGAGAUGGGCAGCUGGUGGCCUCAGCAGGCUGUGGAAUGAGGCUCUUUGAAGCCUUAGAAGUAGGAGCCAUCCCAGUCAUGUUAGGGGAUCACUCCAGACUACCUUACCACCAUUUUAUCCGCUGGAGUGAGGCUGUCAUUAUAGUCCCCAAGCCCCGUGUCACGGAGCUGCACUUUCUGCUGCGCAGCCUAUCAGACAAUGAUUUGCUAGCUAUGAGGCGGCAGGGUCGCUUCCUGUGGGAGACCUACUUCUCCACCUCAGAGAAUGUUCUCAGCACCAUCCUGGCCAGCAUCAGAACCAGCAUCCAGGUCCCUGCUGCACCCAUCAAAGAGGAGCCCGCCCAUGAGAUUCCUCACAAAGCUGGAAAGCUGGCCGGAACUGAUGCCAACCUGGCUGACAAUGGUGAUCUGGAUUUGGGUCCUGUGGAGACGGAGCCCCCCUACGCUUCUCCACGCUUUCUGCGGAACUUCACAUACACAGCUGCAGAGACCUACAGAGCAUGGAACCGGGCCCCGGGGCCUUUUCAUCUGUUUCCCCACACGCCUCUAGACCCUGUGCUGCCCUCUGAAGCCAAAUUCCUCGGCUCCGGUACCGGUUUCAGGCCUAUAGGUGGAGGUACGGGAGGUUCGGGAAAGGAGUUUCAGGCAGCUUUAGGAGGGAACGUGCCACGAGAACAGUUCACAGUGGUAAUGCUGACAUAUGAGAGGGAGGAAGUGCUGAUGAACUCUCUGGAGAGGUUGAACGGACUGCCGUACCUCAACAAGGUAGUGGUGGUGUGGAAUUCACCCAAGCCUCCUUCAGAUGACCUGCUGUGGCCCGACAUUGGCCUUCCCAUUGUGGUCGUCCGCACAGACAAAAACAGCCUCAACAACCGCUUCCUUCCCUGGGACGCGGUGGAAACAGAGGCCAUUCUCUCGAUUGAUGAUGACGCUCACCUCCGCCACGAUGAGAUCAUGUUCGGGUUCAGAGUUUGGCGUGAGGCUAGAGACCGUGUCGUGGGCUUCCCUGGGCGGUACCAUGCCUGGGACGUGAACCAUCAGUCGUGGCUUUACAACUCCAACUACUCCUGUGAGCUCUCCAUGGUCCUGACGGGAGCUGCCUUCUUCCAUAAGUACUACGCCUACCUGUACUCCUACGUGAUGCCCCAGGCCAUCAGGGACAUGGUGGACGAGUACAUAAACUGUGAGGACAUCGCCAUGAACUUCCUAGUGUCGCACAUCACCCGCAAACCACCCAUCAAGGUGACCUCUCGUUGGACUUUCCGCUGUCCCGGCUGUCCCCAGGCCCUCUCACACGACGACUCCCAUUUCCACGAGCGCCACAAGUGCAUCAACUUUUUUGUCAAAGUGUACGGCUACAUGCCGCUGCUGUACACGCAGUUCCGCGUGGACUCGGUGCUGUUUAAGACUCGUUUGCCCCACGACAAGACCAAGUGCUUCAAGUUCAUCUAGCAUUGGGCUGCGUGGCCCAGCGAAGAGCCAAAAAGCCAAGUGGAUUGAAGCAGUGGAAGUAUUUAAAGAGAGCAGCAGCUCCCACGGCGAGCAGCGAUGAUGGAGGGAAGGAUGGACGGACUGCCAGAUGCACAGAGUCUUGGAUUAGGAUUUUGCCCCGGGGGGGAAACGGACAUAUUAACCUUGUGGUCUAACCCACGACUACUGAGCAUUUGGAAAGUGGAAGCUGAAAGGGACCACUGCCAACAAAAUAAGUCUCUUCAGUGGACGUCACUCCUCCUGUUUCAUGUCCUUCAAUCACGCUCAAUCAUUAACCACUACAGAUGUCAUGGCACCUCCAGGCGGCCUGCUGAGGAACGAGGGCAGUCGUACCCCGUGUACAGAAACUCUCCCAGGAGACUCUACCUGGUAAUGGAGCGACGAGUUAGUGCAUCACUGACAGACUGACGCCAGGCUGCGCUCAGAUCAGCAGCCUGUUGACACUUUCCCAACAGUGAGCAAGAGUGACACCAGCACACGGCUGCCGCUGUCUGAUUUCCCUGUUACAGAAACAAACUGUACUUCCUGUACUUGUACGUGAGAGAAGCACUGAUGGUCACAAGUAUUUUAUUGAACAAACUCUUUUUUUUUUCUUCUCCCCGGUUUUUAGAUAAUGUUUAAAUGUGUAAAUCUCUAUGUGGAGCGAACAGUUUCCAGAGCCUCUCUGCCUGUGGGAGAUCAGAGUCAGAGUCAGUCUGAGGAAGAGAACAGGACCGUGACCGAGGAUUUAAUUAACACGUAGGCCCGAUCAUGUUCAGCAGUGUUUCAGCAGUCACCAUAAUGCCUCAAAUUUGUCAUGAAAACCAGCCGCCACCAUUUUGUUCUGCUUACAGGCGCUCGUCUCUGAUGUUUAAAAAUUGACCUGUUUUUUAUGCUAUAGGAUGUUUACUAAUGUUUGUUCAAUUGGGUCCGAGUCACAUUUCAAUGUAAUAAUAUCGACCAAUCAUCCGUUACGCUUUCCUUACCGAGAAUCACAGCUGCCAAAAUGAACCAGAUAGGUUUUAAUCAUGCAGACAGACUCAAUGCAGUUCAGUGUGCUGUUAGAUCAGGGUAACAAUGUUAGAUUUAAAGGGACAAUACGCUUAUUUGCAUUCUGGUAGAGAUCUGGAUGAGAGUUUUGGAAGUUGCUGCAUUAGCAUAAGAGCAAUAUCAAUCUCCCCCAGAAAGCAAAUAAAGGUAAUUCCCAUGUGUUUGAAACUACCUGCUGGCUUUGCAUCAGAGUUGCAUUAGAUCUACAGAAGCGUCCCAGCUCAGACAAAAAUGUCACUUUAGUGUCGCCAUGUUGGUUUCACUGUUGUUGUUUUUUUUUACCAUUGCUUGAUGAAUGUUUCCUUUGCCAAAUAGGUACGAUAUCUGCUGCUCGACAGCAAAGCUCAGAGCUCGGGAUGCAGUCUGGUACACCGACUUCCACUCUGCAUGGUACUUUACCAGGAGUCAGCCCAUCGUGUAUUAUAAAUCCAAAGUUCUUUAUUUGACAAUGUCCGACUAAGUUUCCUGUAAUCUGAACAAAACAUCAACCUGAAAAGAAAGAUAUUUAGAUUAGCGUCUCCUUCCCAACAAAUUCUGUUCUGUUCUACAAAAGCUCUCAUUAAGUCCAUGGUUCCUGUAUAUUUAUUGAAUAUAUUAUGAAAAAAAGAUUUUUUUAAAAAGCUGAUAAUGACACAUGCAAUAAAAUGAAAAGACAUUGUA